AUGGUCCUCCAAUGGAAGAUCUGUGUCUCUCAGCCAUGUUUGAAUAAUGAUCAAUGCGUUAUAACUGAUUUCUCACAUCAAUGUCAAUGUGCAUCAGGUUUCGAUGGUCGAAACUGUGAAUUAGAUGCUCGUAUCUGUCAUACUCAACAACCAUGUGGACAAUCAUCAGGUACUCGAUGUCAAUCAUUUCGAUUGGGUGCUGCUCUUCCACAUAUUUGCAUUUUUCGAAGCGGUUUAGCUUAUGGUUUAAAUGCACAACAAGUUCAGCCAAAUUCAUGCCAAGUUGUUAAUGGUCCACGUGCAUUAACUGUUACUAAUAAUGGUUUCAUUUUAUGUGAUGGUGAACGUAUGUUUAUUGAGUUAUGUCCAGGUGGUACUAUUUGA